AUGGAGCUAAUGGAGAAGCUAGAAGUCUGUGUGGAGAGAGCUACUACGGAAGCUAAAUUUCAGCCUUCCAAGAUUUGGAAUGAACAGAAGACGGACUCCUUUUGGAAAAGAAUUGGAGCUUACUUCAAUGAAAGUCCUCAGCUUGUUGGUAUGCCACAAAGAGAGGGUGGCAACUGUAAGCAAAGGUGGUUCAAGAUCAGUGACCAAGUCUCCAAGUUUGUUGCCUCUUUACGUGCUGCAACAGGUCAGCAGUCAAGUGGGCAGAAUGACAAUGAUGUCAUGAAGCUUGCUUAUGAAAUCUAUCACAAUGAUUACGCUGCCAAGAAGGGUGAAGAUGGUUCUCAAGCUUCUGUCCAGUCAUCAAACCAUGGAGAUCGAGAAGAGGCUCGUCCUAAAGGUGUGAAGAAGGCAAAGGCAAGGUUGAAGGCAAAAGAGAUGGAAGCAACCAGCACCAAGCCUAUGGAGAAGUUGCAAGACAUGUUUGAGAUAAGGAAGCAGGAUCAUGAACUGAGGAAGCAGGAUCUUGAACUGAAGAAGCAGGACUUUGAAAUGAAGGAGAAGCUUAAUAAGCAACAUAUGUUGGAGACUCUCCUUGCAAAAAAAGAGCCUCUUAGUGAGAGUGAAAUAGCUUUGAAGAACAAACUAAUAAGUGAUAUAUUGUCAUAA